AUUAUUGGCAUGAAAGCGUCUUUCAAAAAUCUGCAAACUCGUUCUGAAACGGGUCUGCCCGAUACCUUAGUGACAGCCACCGGUUUGCUAACUAUUCAUUAGCCAGUUAGCUUUAGCCGAAAAGCUUGAAUGUAUGCUUUGCCAAGCGCAGUUCCUAAAAUAUUUUAAUACGUUGUAAUAGUUAAAGGUAUUUCUUUAUACAACUUUGCAGGUAACGGUAUGUAUUUCUUUUCAUAGUCGACGAGGCAACAUUGCAUUGGCUAUAAAACUACUAGUUAGUACUGUACAGUAGUUGCAAGCAAUGUUGUUGCCUACUGCUGAAGAUGAGGUCUAGGUAGCUAGCUGCUUUUAGCAACUCUAGUAUUUACACACUAGCGUUGUCAAUUAGCUUACAAAACAACUUAAUAUUCCCCCGGAAGCCAGAAGUUAAAUACAUUUUCAAUUUACUCUAUAUUGACUGUAGGCGGAAUGCCACAAGAGGGGGGAAAAUAUGAAUGUAGAAAUAAACAAUACCCAAACGUAGGUCUGUUGUAGACCCAUGUAGUUCCUCCGCGAGAUUUGCCAGACAAUUUAAACAGAGUUAUUCUGCUGCUCUAUGUUUGCUACAUACUUCAGUCGUUUUGGGGGUUGUACAUAGCAAGUAGCCAGCAAUUGAAGUAUCAAAGCCAAUGAAUGAUUUCAAAACGCUGCUAAAACCACGUGUGGCUCUGGCCCAACCCAUCGGUUUCAGUGACCAAUUAGAAUGGUUAGAAUGUGUUUGCGUUCUAGAAAUAGUUGGGGGGUGGUACUCAGAUCCAGACUCAUUGCUGGGAAGAAACUAAAGGCUUCUGCAUGCUUUGGUUCGGCUGGCACCUAGAGGAGUGAACAAGUGUGCUCUCGUACUCCCUUUGAAGACCUUCACUUUGAAAAACAAGUGGCAAUAGUACUGUUAAAUGCCAUAGCCAGCAUACAAAAUAGCCCGAAUUAAUCAAAGAUAUAGCAAUUACGUUCUUAAGUUAACUAGGAUGUUUGAUGCAGUAUUUCUCAAAUAGAAAAUGUGCAUGAAAACGAGUCGUCUAUUGUUGAAUGACGGUGAACACUUCAUUGAAGAAUCCCUACUGUUGACCAAUGAGCGACGAAGGGAAAAAUGUAAUGUGCACGAACAGCCGAAAAACCCUUUUGCCACAUUUACUUUGCAGUGCUACUUCAGUGCCUUGUUGCGAACAGGAUGCAGGUUUUGGAAUAGUUUUUAUUCUGUACGGGCUUCCUUCUUUUCACUGUCAAUUAGCUGGAAGGAUGGGCAGGCAGAGGAAGAGAGUGGUGACCGGCGAGGCUGACCCCCCUCCCACAAGGAAAGACGAGAAGCCUGCCACCCUACAACGCAAGGAGAAAAAAAAGAAGCUCGACAUUGGCAAAAUCUUCAUCAACAUCUCCAUCGGCCUCUGCAUCUUCAGCCUUAUCUGGUUCUUCUAUGCCCUUUACAUGCGUUCCUCGCUGGCCAAACGGGUGGUAACUUUGCACCACUCGUCGCCUGUCCUCGAUGCCAACAGCACCAGCGCUGAGGUCUCCCCUGAGAGGUUUUGGGGCUCCUACCGACCCCAGGUCUACUUUGGGAUGAAAACCAGGAGCCCAAGAUCUGUUGUCACAGGGAUGAUGUGGAUGCGUCAGUUCUCUGAGGUGGACGUGAACCUCAGGCACACGUGCGAGCAGGGUGACAGGCUGCAGGGCUAUGGCUGGCUGAUGCAUGAUGGCCUCAGCUUUGGUGUGCAGGAGAUCCACGACAGCGACUUUACGCUCACCACAGAGUUUGUCAAGCGGAUGGGCGGUGAGCACGGAGGGGACUGGACCUGGAGGAUCACAGCCAAGCAGCAUAGUUCGGCUCCCCACGCGCCAGUCAUCUCCCUGAUGUUCUACGCUGCUGCCGACACCCAGGGUUAUCUGGAGGCCCACGUGGAAGAGAGGAACCGUCUAGGUUCCAUCACUGGGUUCUCAGAGGAGCUGGGGAAUUUCAAGAUCACCUUCCGCAAGCCUGUCGCUGGGGAGUCUUCCAGUGCAAAAUAUGCCAGCUACAACUACCUCCAGACCAUGUCGCCAGGCUUGGAGAGGCUGACGGACAUUGUGAGGAACAGCUUGAACCGCAGAUUUGUCUACAGCCACCCCUCUGGCGAGAAGAGGCAGUACAUUGCGGUGGACACCUACAAACCCCAGCACCAGCCGAAAUCAGCCGACCCCAGAAAGGAGAGCGACUUUGUCCUGCACCAGGUCACCGUCCAGACGCCCUUCCAGAUUGAGGUCCUGUUCGAGUCUGGUAGCUUCCGCGAUCGUCCCAACCAGCUGUCUGCGGCGGCCAUGACAGAGGAGCUGGAGAAGAGGAAGGCGGCGUUCGACGCCAAGUUCGAGAAGACGUUCGGCCUCCAGGCCAAAGGCUUGGGCCAGGCCCAGGUGAAGUUCAGCAAGGCGGCGCUGAGCAACAUGCUGGGCGGGAUGGGUUACUUCUACGGCCAGUCGGUGGUCCAGUCGGUGUACAAUGAGUACCCGCUGCUCUACCCCGAGGGUGCUCUGUUCACCGCCGUGCCCUCGCGUUCCUUCUUCCCCCGGGGGUUCCUGUGGGACGAAGGCUUCCACCAGCUGCUGCUCAGCAAGUGGGACCCGCAGGUGACGCGGGAGGCCACGGCUCACUGGUUGGACCUGGUCAAUAUGGAGGGAUGGAUUCCCCGGGAGCAGAUCCUUGGUGACGAGGCGCGCAGCAAGGUUCCUGCCGAGUUUGUGGUGCAGCGCAAUGAGAACGCCAACCCGCCCACCCUCUUCUUGGCCCUGCAGAAGCUAGUGGAGCAGCUCCAAGCCAACCCGGACGCAGAGUCCUCACGGCCCACCCUGCCCUUCCUCCGCAGGCUCUACCCCCGGCUCCAGACGUGGUUUGAGUGGUACAACACCACCCAGACAGGCCCGCUGCCCAACUCCUACCGCUGGCGGGGCCGUGACAAGGACACCAACCUCUUCCUCAAUCCCAAGACGCUGACAUCUGGCCUGGAUGACUAUCCGCGGGCCUCGCAUCCAUCAGCUGAGGAGCGCCACGUGGACCUGCACUGCUGGAUGGCCUUGGCGUCAGGCACCAUGGCCAGCGUAGCCCGGCUGCUGGGAGAGCCACACCAGGAGUACGAGCGCACCCACCAGACGCUCAGCGACAACGCACUGCUGGACGAGCUGCACUGGUCAGACCAGCUUCGCUCCUUCAGCGACUAUGGAAACCACACGCAGGCGGUGUCGCUGCAGCAGGAGAAGGUGUAUGUGCCCCCAGGGCAGCCGAGGCACCAGUUUCCCGUGGCGCGCCUGGUGCGCUCAGUCCGCCGGGCCCCCAAGCCGCAGUUCGUCAAUGCUUUGGGCUACAUCAGCCUAUUCCCCUUCCUGCUGCACGUCCUAACGCCCGACUCGCCCAAGCUAGAGCACAUCUUCAGAGACAUGAGGGACGCGGACAAGCUGUGGACGCCCUACGGCCUGCGCUCUCUGUCCAGGGCCGACCCACUCUACAUGAAACGCAACACAGAGCACGAUGCCCCCUACUGGCGGGGCCCCAUAUGGAUCAACAUUAACUACCUGGCUGUCAGGGCCCUGCACCACUAUGGCAACACUGAGGGGCCAUAUCAGGAGAAGGCGGCCACCCUCUACCAGGAACUCAGAACUAAUAUCAUGAACAAUGUUUACAGACAGUAUGCAGAGACUGGGUAUAUAUGGGAACAGUACAAUGACAGCACGGGCAGUGGGCAAGGGAGCCAUCCCUUCACCGGCUGGUCGGCACUAACUGUUUUGAUAAUGGCUGAGCAGUAUUGACACUGAUGCAAAAAAAAAAUAUCUUGCUUUUUGUAAGAUGUUCUCUUAAAAUGUGCCAUUUUUACUCCCUCCAUCUGUCUCCUUAAUGCCAAUAGAUGUUAGGUCUAUAAUUUUAAGAUUUUCUCAAAUAAUAUGAUUUUCUCAAAUGAUAACUAAAGAACUCCAAUGUUCCAAUUUUUCACCUUUGGCUGUCUCAUUGAGUGUUUGUACAAAGCCCAUACCCAAAAGAACGCAUGAAAGGUUAUUUUUGACUACCCCAUAUACUUCUCAAUGAACUCCCCAAGUGCAGCCUGACUGAGAGAAGUCUGUCUGAUGGCAGAAACCUUUUUAAGAACUAUAGUAACAAUAGUAGUAGCAAAAGAAUAGUCUUGACAUAAAUCAUUCAAAUGGUAUCAUAUCAAGACUACUGCAGGAACUGAUGCACUUUUCAAAGUCAAUCAUUCAAGCGUUUUUUUUUUUUUGUCUCCUCAGAUGUUUUCUGUUGAACAAAAUAAUACUUGUAUUGAGAAAUAGUGUAUUCAGUCUUAAAAUAUUUGAUCCCUAGGUUAAUUUUGUUUCGGGUUGCUUUGUCCCGUCAUACAAUCUCAUUUAAGCCCGUAUAAAAUUGAGAAAUAAGUUUUGAUGUCGUCAAGUGUUUUGCUGCGAACAAACGGUUUCCUGUUAAUUUUAUCAAUGCAAAACAAGACGGAGAUGUGUUGUAUCUCCACUGGUAGCAGAUGCCCUGAGUGAGUGGCACGGAAUAACAUGACUAACUUCAUUGCGUUGGUUUGUUACAUCUUCAGUGGAAAGAACAAUAAACAUUUCAAACCCUUA